AUCUUUGUCGUCGACCAUCAAGCAAGUGGAACCUCGGUGUGGAGUUGGCUGGUGAUAGUCGACGAACACACUAGAUCUUCAGAGAAAGGCUCAUCACUUUCUCUUUGCUUUCCCUCCGAUCACUUCUUCCCCUCGGCGCUCACGACAUCGCGUCCACCAUGUCGUCCGACUCGGCUCCCAGACAUGAUGCCCCACCACACGAUCCCCCGCCCGUCUACAAGUCCAACCUCGAGGAGUUCGAGAGGGAGGGAGAUUCGCGGCUGCCAUUCCUUUUGACGUACCGCGAGAUGAAGCUGUUGGGUAUAGCUGGGGUUGGAUUCUUCCUGGAUGCUUAUGAUUUGUUCAUAAUCAACCCCGUUGCCACCAUGUUGCAAUACCGUCUGUAUGGUGGUCAUUCGCUUCCUCCUGGUCUUGAGGGUUUCAUCAAGGCUGCUGCCAAUAUCGGCAGUGUAAUCGGUCAAUUUGCUUUCGGCUACUCCGCCGACUACUUCGGCCGUAAAGCAGUCUAUGGCAAGGAGCUCAUGCUCAUCAUAUUUGCCACUAUUGGCACAAUAUGUGACCCCACAGGUGCCAUUUCCCCCAACGGCGCGCUCAUAUGGCUUGGUAUCUGGCGUAUCAUUCUCGGUAUCGGCGUGGGUGGCGACUACCCCAUGUCCGCGUCCGUCGCGACGGAUCGCGCGAACCUCCGCCGCCGUGGCACGCUCCUCGCGUACAUCUUCGCGAACCAGGGGUGGGGCUCGUUCGUAGGCGCCCUCGCGUUCAUCAUUAUCCUGCUUUGCUACAAGCACGUCAUGGACGUCGACGGCCAGACAAGUAAGGUCGAUGGUGUCUGGCGUAUCCUCGUCGGCCUAUCUCUCGUCCCCGCCUUCGGCACCCUCUACCAGCGUCUUACUCUCCCCGAAUCGACCCGCUACGAGGAAUCACGGAAGAACGCUGCGCGCCUGGUCGAUGAAGAGUCGAUCGCCGAGCUCAAGAAGAAGUCAGACGCAGAUCCCGCCGUGACCGAAAAGCCCGCCGGAUCCAACGCGUCCCGGACCUCAAAUUCUUCGGCGUCGUCCCCCACCGCGGCGGUACAAGUCGAGAGCACCAAGCAGCCCGUGGUGGCGGCGAAGGGCCACUUCAGGGGCUUCGUCAUGUACUUCUCCGAAUGGCGGCACGCGAAGGUGCUCAUUGGGACGUGCACGUGCUGGUUCCUGCUUGACAUCGCGUUCUACGGCAUCAACCUGAACCAGAAUGUGGUCCUGCAGCAGAUCGGCUUCGACGGCAGCUCGGGCACGCCGUGGAACAGGCUGUUCAAGAUCGGUGUUGGCAACUUGAUCAUCACUGCGCUCGGCUUCGUUCCUGGGUACUAUGUUACCAUCCUCACCAUCGAGAAGCUGGGCCGGAAGUGGAUUCAAAUCCAGGGAUUCCUUCUCGCUGCUUUGUUCCUCGCUAUCCUUGCGGGUAAAUUCCACACCCUGAGCACCCCCGCCUUCGUCGUCUGCUUCGCCUUCCUCCAGUUCUUCUUCAACUUCGGCGCUAACACCACCACCUACUGCUACCCCGCUGAAGUCUUCCCGACCCGAUUCCGUGCCUCCGCACACGGCAUGUCCGCCGCGUGUGGCAAGGCUGGCGCGAUCAUUUCCGCGCUCGCCUUCAACACCCUCACGAAGAAGAUCGGCACGCCCGCAGUCCUCUGGAUCUUCUUCGGGUGCUGCAUCGCUGGGGCGGGCUUCACGCUCCUACUCCCGGAGGUCCGCGACCGCGACCCUGAUAUUGUCUACGCGGAGGAACUUCGCGAGCGUGAUCGUCUCGACCACAAUUGAGCUGCCAUGAUCGCUGCUGUAUAACAGGAGAUGCGGAGGGAGUGGAAGGACCCUGUGAUGUGUGAGUGGUUGAUUGAUGGCUGAUUGUCAUUAUCGCGUACAAUGGGUGGCGAAAACAAUCCCGUAGGGGAACUGUACUAAUGGACUGCUUACCAUGCAAUAGACAUGCGUAUUUUGUACCAAAGUCUGUCCAUGUGCUGGCUUUGGAGGCAACUGACAGGCAUCCACUCGUGGAACUCCGGCCGGACUAAACAUCCUCUUCACAACGACUCCUCAAGAAUACAUGUGGCUCGCCGCUGCUUUGUGUGUGCUGGCUUACACUUUGUCUCCUACAUCGUGAUACAUAAUGCCAGUCGUGGGAGUCCCGGAGAAGUUGGACCACACCAAAUCCGAUCAACACAUAGGCUGAUGACACAGGUGAACGAUAUCUGCGCAUGAGCUUGGUCUUGCUUUCUUGAGUCCACUGCGUCAACAUUCGCGUUCCUACCUUGACCGUUCUCUACCCUCCGUGAUUUCUGUCAUUGGGCAAAUCAUGUCAAGUUGCGAGCCAUCAUAGGGUCGUUAGCUUCAGCCCGGAUCUGAUCUUCUGCAAACCUUU